AAAGUUUUUGAAUGUGACCCAUCUAUUGCAGAAAAAAUUAGACAAGAAAAUAAAAAUUCUUCACAAUCAUCUCAUAAGUUACAGAAAUAUAUAAAGAGAGCUAUUCCUAAUAAUGUAAAUUUGCUAGUAUUAUCUAUACGUCACUCUUACUCAAAUGCUGUUACUAUAAGACUUAAUCUUAAGUCAUAUUACAAUAUCAAUAGUAAUAUAAAUCUACCCAAUCACAAAAGGGUA